ACCGGUGUACACUGUACAACGUUCGACACAACCACAUUUGUGGCGGGUGUACUAGGAUAUGUCUGUUCGUCGACUAGGAAAUCAGCAUACACUACCCGAUAAUCCACAAUGGCUAGAGUUUCCACGCUCCGAUGGUAGUAAAGCGACUUGGCCGAGAAAUACCGAGAAGGUGGUUGACCAUGAAGGCCAAGUUAACUUCAUGCGGACGGUAGGCAUUGACGAAAGUCUAUGCAUUCACUGGAGGAAGCACGUUGGCACACAAGUAGCUAAGGCAUUGGGAAAGCCUGGUGCGUGGUUGCUUCUAAACGAAUUUACAGACGUAUUCACACCGAAGUUAUCAGAGGGACCCAAUUAUGUCUUGAAGGAUUGGCCGACAGACUAUUGCAUGUUUGAUCAUAACAAGGGCAAGGAGAGCAACCCCAGACAUGAUCCGUAUCUUUACGGCACCACUCUUGCCCCCAAAUUCCGUUCUGCCAACGAAUUCGUACCCCAUGCGAUAUGGCUAUUCACCGACGAAACCCUUAAUAAAUUAAACUGCGAGUGCAAGUAUUGCUCGAAGAAAUCUCAGCGAUUGGUUUCAGAGAGCUUCGGUCUGUCACAGAAGAGGAGCGUUGGCUCACCGACCCCUAGUGCUGUUCGUUCGAACAAACUACGCGAGCGUCAGAAGAAGCCGCAGCCUCUGCCCAAGAAAAAACCAUACACCGCUGUUCGUCGAGCUCUCAGAGCGCCGAAGAGGGUUCCUGGCCCCAAGCAGGUUGUCGUUCCAGAACGAAGCAACGAUGUUCACCAGAGUUUGAGGAAGAGUGAUGUCUUCAGACCUCGUCUAUUCAGACAGGACGAGCUCAUCUGGUGCGCUAUUAAUCCUCCAAUUUCGUCAUCAUCUGGCGUUGCAGAAUCGAGCAUCCCAUUUUGGCCGGGAAUCGUCGAAGAUCUCAACCUGAAAGCAGUGCCGAUUACAAUGGAGUCUGCUUCUGCCAACGGAGACUCGCCAGCAUGGAAGGUACAGCAAUGGACCAUCUACAAAGUAAAGCUUCUCGGUUGCAAUCAUUUCUGCUCGGUGACCGACAUGGAAGCGCUGCCAUAUCUUGCCUAUGCUCCGUCAGAAGCUCUCUUACAGGGACUUCGUGAUGAACUGGUGCACCUGGCUUCAGAUAUGCCUCUGGAGGAGAUGGAAGUAGACAAACUCGAUCAGCUUUACGAUUUUGAUCCUACCGGUUCAAACCUCGUCAACGAUCUAUCGAGGUAUCGGAAGGCUGUUGCGCCGUACACUUUGGCAGUUCAGAUUGCAUCGCAAAUUGCUUCAUACUGGACGCCAACCGAUGAGUGGGAUUACAAAUUCACAAUACCCCCCUCGAUACCUCAGCCAACUCCACAAGCUGUACCAGACCAAUCCCAAUCUCUGCAUACACUUAUCUCUGCCGCUAUGGCAAGUAAUGCUCAUCAGCAGCCGCCACCGCCACCGCCUCAGCAAUCACAACUCCCUUACCAACCUCCCGAUGCCUCAGGAAACAGCAGUCUACCACCCGAGGAACUUCGCUCUUUGCAACCCGAUUCGUUUGGGCAAUAUGCGUGGCCUACCAGCAUACCCCGUACGGUGACUCAGCUUCGAUAUCAAGGGAUGUGGUGGGGAGCAGAACGGAUAUGGACCGACGAACUUGUGCGUUUGAAGAUGUCUCGCGAACAAUUUGCACCCAAUGGGUCGGCACAGGUAUUUCCACCGUCUGGGCCAUCAUCGACGACCGUGCAGGAGGAUCAGAAUAUGUUUAAAGACAAGAUGGACGAUACACGCUUGCUAGGAGCGAGGCAGAAGGGUUUGUUUAUGAAGCUGGACGGUAUUUUCGUCGUGGAUGCACAAGGUCCAGACGGAACGAUCCUAAAAGAGUGCCGAGCGAGUGGUAUGCUGUAUGAACUUGCGGAUGAUGAUUGGGUGGAACCGUCACCACCUGGAAUCACUCCAGAUAUCAAAGGAAAGGGAAAGGCCAGGGACGAGGGUGAUGUUCCUUCGCCUGUGUCUGCUACUCCUGCUCAGGAUCUAGUGUCCCAAACCACGUCGCAGACUGUGCCUUCAUUUGGACCUAACGGCCAAACUGGCCCCGAGUUCAUGCAGGGUCCGUCACCGUUGAAGCCGCCCCCAUUGCCAAACCCGAAUCCAUCUGUCCCAACCUCUGAGACUGUGGCAGACGUAUUAUCUCAAACAACGAAGGUCGAUACCGCAGCACCCCAACAGGAUGGAAUUAAGGAUAAGAGCCAAGUUUCUCGCCCUGUCUUGAGCCUUACCAACGACCUUCCACCUCCUCCAGAGGGGUUCAAGUUCCGUUCUAUCGUCCCGGACGGUAACGAGGUUGUCGUCUCUGUGUCUCUCAUCAGCGGGCGAUACUAUCCUGGGUUGUUUGAACAUCCCCUUCUGAAAAACCCUCUCGAGACGGCGUUGGCCGCACAACGGAAUCAGGUCCCUAUGAUCGAGAAUAGACGGCUGUGGGCGUUGGAAGGUUUGAUGCCAGGCGCUUUCCAAUCGAUGGAUCCCUCGGAAUGGAGGCCCAACAGGAAUUUGAUGUUCAACGAGGCUAUUGCUGAUGCAAAGCAACACUUCGCACAGAAGUGGUCGGAGAUGAAGAACACAAGAGUCCUUAUUGAGCAGGAUCACGGUGUUGAUGCCGAUGCUGAAGGUGAUGUUGACAUGGAGGAUCUCUUCGGGGAGAGCGCUUCCACUGCGGGAAGGUGAUUUGGAUGUGGCGAUCUGUUUAUGUAUGUUUCUUGGUCACUACUAUCAUAUCGUAUCUUGAUUCUUGAUGAGUUCGAAAACCCGCUUUCAAAGGUCGCAUCCAGAAUAGUGCGGUAGUGAUACAUUCGAACAGAUCUCUGCGUCGUUGCCUUGCUCCGAAAUGCUCAUUUUUCUUCACCAACCGUGUUCCCUUCUUGCCUGCCAAACUGCCAGUGACUGGUGAAAUAAUCAGUAAAUCUAUGGGACCGUGUGGAGACGCUACCCGCCCCAACCCGUAGAAGCCACGGCAAGAAGGGCAUCAAUCUCGCCGACUUCAGUAAGCGGGUACAGCGUGGUUAUUCAGCCACCGAUUUUUAGGUCAAAUUGCACCGGCACGAGGAAACCUUCCUUGUCGAUCUCGAGAAUGCCUGAUAGCAUCCUUGUCUCUUUCUGAUAAAAGGCUAGAAAUCCCUCCACAUAAAUAGCUGAUUCACACUGUGCCUCGCAGCCGAGGAUACCUACAACAAUGUCCCCUUUGUGAUAGGUGAACUUAAAAUAUUUCGAGUGUCAUCAUACAGCACGACAACCUGAGUUCCUUGUCAGUUUGAGCAAUGAUCCUCCUACAUUGUUGAACUUUAUUGAUCCCGGUGUCUAGGAAGCACUGCGAACACUAAGUAAUUUAUGCGUAUACGGAAUUUCCUCACCCGUGUUGGUAUCUUAAGCUUGCUAAAUCUAGAGCUUUCUAUUUACUACUGCGC